AUGAACCUCCAAGCUCCAGAGGCGCUUCCGCCUUCGUAUCGUCCUCGUCGUUUGGUUUUGCAGCCUCUUCCCGUCUACGUAGCAGCUGGAACUGUCCCCAUAUCGAACUCAGAACCGGACCCAUGGCCAAUCACGCAUCCGACCAAAGAGUUUGCUUACGAAAUGAAAACGUACUGGGGGAAACCUUGGGCCAAAGUGACUGUCUUCGGAGAUGCUCGACUGAGUCGGGAAGUUCCGGUAUUCUUGGAAAAUGGCUUCAUCACUGGGUCGGUGCAGCUCAACCUGAAGAACAAGGAGGCCAUCAAAGGAGUUUAUCUCGUGGUGAAUGGAGACGUCGUUACAUCAGAGGAUUUGCUCCCCAAACGCGUCAACUUUCUUAAACUUCGGCACUAUGUUUGGAGAAGGAGCCGAGAACAACUUGAAGUUGACAACACAAUAGUCGGAGAGCAUACUUGGCAAUUCUCCGUGCGCAUUCCGCAAUCGACAGAUGACUCUGUGGUGGGAGCAGAUCAAUACCGCUUACCCCAUCCCGUCGUUGAACGGUACUCUAAGAUUGGGGUGGACUACUACCUCGAGUUUCACGUCCAUCGAGGAGGCAAGCUUCGGGCAGAUGACAGUCUCGGAAUUCAAUUCGGAUAUUUCACAAUGCAGCAGCCUAAAGGGCUAUCAUUGCCUCGUCUACUAGCCGGCCAGACCAAUAGGACGAUACCAGGCCCGUUUGAAGAUCCCGAAGGCUGGAAAGCAUUGGAACCCGUAAUAAUCACAGGAAAGACGUUCGGCAUGAGAGAGGUUAAAGUAAAAUGCACGAUCUUCCUGGCAAAACCGCUUUGUUACACACGAGGAACUGCCAUACCAUGCUGCGCGACAUUUGAAUGCGCAGAUGAACAGACGCUCGACCUUUUCGCCGCUAUGAAUUCAUCAUUAUUGUAUCUUGAGCGCCAGGUUACUUGUUUCGUAGAUGGCACCUCGAAGCAGGUAAGCCCGUGUGGUAAGACGAGCUGGCGGCCAUAUCCUUACAUGUCCCAAAACACGCUCACCGGAAGGCAUUUAAUGGGCGAGCUCCAUCUCCACAAAGGACUGUACCCAUCAACAAGAGUAAAACAAUUUCGGGUGGACUAUGAGGUCGUACUUUUCCCUCCAGAUGCAGUGGUGACAUUCGUCCCAAACACAUUCGCACCACUGUUGACAGCAAGGGUGGAGAUCGUGACACGGUAUGCGGCAGGCGUGCGACAGUCCAAGCAGCCCUCGAUUCCAGAGUACAGCUCGGAGUUGAGAAGCCCUCCAAUAGAUAGGUACUAUCGUUCUUUGUCUUAA